CAAAGAUUCGGCUCUAAGAGCCAUUUCGUUCGCGACCGACACAUCACUAGUGUUUACUGGGAAGCAAAGAUGGAGGAGUAUCCCUCCAAACAGGUACCCGAAAACCUCGACGAUCCUCCCAACAGCCGACUGUUCGUGGUGACGAGUCGGUCCAUCACUGAAGAUGAGCUGCGGGAAAGCUUCUACGUGUUUGGGGACAUUCAGGGGGUCUGGGUUGUCAAAGACAAGCAGACAAAGGAGUCCAAAGGCAUUGCCUACAUAAAGUUUGCCAAGUCUUCUCAGGCCUGCUUGGCCAUGGAAGAAAUGCACGGCAAAGUCCUGGUGGAAGGGACUAAACCUGUGAAGGUGUUUAUAGCCCAGUCACGGUCAUCAACGAGACACAGAGAUGUUGAGGAUGAGGAGCUGACCAGGAUUUUUGUCAUGAUCCCCAAAUCCUUCUCAGAAGAGGACCUCAAAGAAACAUUCAAAGAGUAUGGGGAUAUUGAGUAUUGUGUAAUCAUCAAAAACAAGUUUACAGGAGAAAGUAAAGGCCUCGGCUACGUAAGAUACUACAAACCCUCCCAAGCUGCCCUCGCCAUAGAGAACUGUGACAAAGCCUACAGGGCCAUUCUGGCUGAGCCUCGAAGCAAAUCGACAGCAACAGAAGAUUACAGCUCUGGAGGAGCAGCAGCCAGAAAUGAUUAUGCUGGCGGCUCUGAAUCCAUGAACCAGUACACGUUCUCAUUGGUAUUCCACUCUGACCUUUUCUUUGCUGUGUGUCACCUGCCUCCAGGCCAUGCUUUGAUUCGCUACAGCAAUCUUGGGUCAGCACUUUAUGCCAGAGAAAAGCUAAACGGCUUUGAAUAUCCACCUGGAAACAGACUGGUGGUAAAUUUCGUCGACGACGGCGAGGACCGCGGCAGGUAUACACACAAUGCACACAUAACUACACAACCGUAUAUGUUUAACUUUGAGCCUGCAGAAGGGUCACAAAUUACUGGAGCCUCAGAGAAGAAAACCCCUGUCUCGUCAGUUUCUCGAAUUCAGACCGACGCCAACCUGCCGUCGCUGAAGAAGCUCGCUCCGCCUGAGAGCAAAACCAAGGAGCGGCUGUUUGUCGUGUUCAGCCCCUCCCCGCUGCCCACCGAUGUGUUGGAGGAUGUUUUUUGUCGCUUUGGCUCCCUCAUUGAAGUCCACUUGGUUCCAGGGAGGAAAGUUGGAUACAUGAAGUAUGCAGAUAAACAGUGUGCGGACGAGGCCAUGGCGGCGCUCCACGGACGCGUCGUUAACGGGGUAAAGAUGAAGGUGAUGCUGGCUGAUCCUCCCAGAGAGGAAUCUCAUAAACGUCCUCGUACCUACUGAAGCCUACAUGACAUGAACCAGUGGUAAGUGUGCAGUCUUCUGCUGCAGGCUCACCAGUAUGUGCAAUUGGAAGUAUUUUGGCAACAAAUUAUAUACACUGUACACGUAAUUUGUCUGUUUACAUGUUUGUUUAAGAAAAUAUCAGACACACUGCCAACGAGAAUAAUUUCUUAUAUUCUUGAUUCGGAAUUCUGAUUUAUUUAAUCCAACACCUGUGUGUGUCUUUGUGUGCGUGUGUGUGCUCUAGUGUCAGAUGCUUCGGGUAUAUGUGUCGACUGACCACAAAGUAAAGACGCUGUUAACAAACGUCGACAAAAGAGCAAAAAUGAAGCAUAUAAACACAAUAAGUACAAAAAGGGAAAGGAUCAGGGACAGUGUGAGGUGACGGCUUGAAGUAAUAGUGGGAAACAAGCGUAACUCUUGGCUCUCUACAUCACCUGUCAGGGUCUGUUCAGGGACAAGAAAGGCUCAGUGUGUAGGCAGGCUAACCAACUACAAAGGACCAGUGCUACUUCAUCAGUUCACAAGGAAGGAAGUGCUGCAGUGCUGUGAUGUCUGAUCCAACAGGUGGUAUCAUGGAGGCAGGUAGACGUGCAAAAAGAAAACGUUAGGAAGCACUACACAGACAACAAAGUAUUUAUGAAAUAAAACACUAGGAAACACCAACUUUCUGGAUUUUUCCUGAUAUAUUAGCAAUGUCACAGCAUGUGUUGUACAUAAGUGUUCUUGCAAUACUAAGUCUGGUCAGUAAAGCAAAAAAAGAAAAGAAAAACGCAGAUCAGAGUCUUCAAAUUGUGUUGAAGGCUUUCAAAGCCUGAUUAUAAGCUAAAAGAAUUCAAAGUAGUAAAAGAGUAUUUAUUAAUCAUAUCAUUAGAAAGUUAUAUCACUAUACAUAAAGCUUUGCACCCCUACUCUGCUUCCAUUGCAGGUUAUUAGAGUUUAGAAUAUUUAACCUCAAUGUUACCCACAGCGAAGGCCCUUU